AUGUUACAUAUUCUAUUGAUAUCACUUACUACAAUAUUUUUUGCUAAACAAGCAAAAAGCACGAAUAAUUGGAACGUUGAGUUGAUCUUAGAGAAGUUGCUUGCCUCUGAUCAUUUUGAUAAAAUAGCUGAUAUUAUUGCUGAGAAGGCUGCGGAAAAAAUAAAUAGCCAUUCAAGUCGUAAAACCGAAAAGAAAAACCAAGAUCUAAACGCUGAUAGACGAAAACAUAUUAAUGAAUUUCAAAGUAACGUAAACAUUGAUGUGAUUAAUGAUUCUAUUUCAACUAAAACACCUGUAAUUAAUAAACUAUCGUUGAAGUAUAAACUUUUCACAAAAAGGGCCAUCGAAGAGUUAGAUAGUAAUAAUAAUAAAAAUGUUAAAUCUAUAGAUAGUCGGUCAGAUGAUGAAGCGCAUAAUAAUAUUGAUAUAAAUAAUUUAAAUGAUACUAAUAAUUUUCCUAGUAACGAUAUAGAGUUAAACCAAGAAGUAGAUGAUUACGAUGAAGUUUAUGAGAUAAACGCAAAAGCCAAGAAAGCAGAGGAAAAUAGCAUAGAGAAAACUCAAGAGACUCUCAAACAUAAUAAAGAUAUAAAAAGCGAAAUAAUUGAUAGAAUAAAUAAUAGUGAAUCUACGGAAGUUGUGAAUAACCAUGAAAAAAAUGUCUCACCUAAAGUAGCAGAUAAAGAAAAGAAAUAUAGUAAUCUAAAACUAGACAGUGAAUUAAAUAAAUCAAAUAUGGUAAACAAUGUACAAACCAAACAUAUUUAUAAAGAAGGUGGUAGAAUAUUCGCCCUGCAAUCAUCUUCAGAUUAUGAUGAGUAUCAUAAAGAAUUAAACAGAACGAUGAUAGAAGACACUAGUGAAGAAUAA